CUAGUGGCGCAGGGACUAUGGCAGCAAACUAGAGCUAAUGCAGGCUCCGAGGCAGCCUGGACCAUAGCCGUCUGUUCAACCAACAGCAAGGCGACGAGGCAAUUAAUUGUGCAACAACAAGCCCGACCUCAGUGUCCAUCACAUGGAUACAUUGAUGCAAGCAUGACCUGAUAUCUAGGAAGGUCCACGAUAGCGUCCGCCUGAAGUCCAUACUCUCGUUAUGGAUUUUCUCUCCCUACUAUUUCCUCUUCCAAACACCCAUGUUCACCACUGCGAAAAGACUCAGUAAAGCCUGGUUACAUCUCUACGUCCACUGAAGACACUUCCAAAGGAUCAACUCAAGUGGUGGCGGCGAAAAGUUCCGAAGGCUCACCACGCAUUUGUUAGUCGAUAGGAAUGUUAGCGACACAAACAGCUACAGCAUUAUGGCGACCACUUCCACCGCACUGUUGAUACUCGUAUCUCUGGCAGCUAUCACGCUCCACGAGACUGUCCUUCGACGAGUCGAGAUCGAUCAUCUAACGCUGCCAAUUUUGGCAGUCAGCAGCACCGUGUAUCUUGUUCUCGCUUGCUAUGCUGGCUUCCUUCAAGCUACCACCUUGUUCCUGACAUUCUGGUCCACUCUCUGGAUAUACAUCGGACUAUAUCGUACGCUCUUCCAUCCUCUUCGACGCUAUCCUGGACCGCUAGGAGCGAGAUUAUCAAAAUACUAUACUGUCAAGAAAGUGAUUGCUACAAGGUGGCACUGGCAUCGAGUGCAGCAGGAUCUACAGAAACAGUACGGGGACUACGUACGAACAGGUCCACGAGAGCUGUGCAUCUUCGACCCAGAAGCGGUGCAGACCCUCUUGGGUUUCCAGUCAAAGACGAGCAAAGGUCCAUUUUACGACGUGAUGGAAAAGUCACUGCACCUUAAUCGUGACAGACCUUGGCACCGUCAGUGAAGGAAGAUCUCCAUCUUUUUCGCAUCUCAACGCGUUACGCCGUCAGAAGGACUCACGAUAAACGGUCACUUCGUCCCGGGCGAUAUGAUCGUGCAGAUGCCACUAUUCGUCCUCAAUCGCGACGCUCGGAAUUUCGUCAGACCCGACGAAUUUCUGCCUGAGCGAUGGACGACAAGCCCAGACCUUGUGAUCAACCGAACAGCGUUUUUCCCGUUCUCCACCGGGCCGUACAGUUGUGUCGGCAAAACGCUGGCGUAUAUGGAAUUGAGAAGCGUAGUUGGACGGGUGCUCAACGAGUUUGAUGUCGUUUUGCCGGAUGAUUUCGGGGCGGAGUAUUGGAACGGGGUAAGAGAUCACUUCACUGCAGGGCCGCCAAGGCAGGAGGU